AUGGAAUAUCGAACAACAAGAUUUUCAUUACCUACAUCAUCACCAUCAUUAAAAAAACCAAUUAUAAAUUCUUCAAAUUUAACAUCAUUAUCAAUAAAUUCAUUCAAUAGUUCCUAUAUACCUUAUUAUGAUACAUAUCCAGAAAAUUUAACAAUAUCUCUUGAACUCUUUCAAUCAUUAUCUAUUGAAAGACUUAAAAUUUUAAAAACAAUUGAACAAGUUCUUACACGAUUAAAUACAACAUUAUCAACAGCACCAACAAAUAAAAAAGAUGAAAUUGAAAAAUUAUUAAGAAAAGAAUUAAAAGAUAAAUUAAAUUAUUUAAAAUUUAUGAUAUUUCCAUCAUUUACUGGUGCAUCAUCAGCUGAUCUUCAAAAUGAUAUUAUAUCACAUUAUAUUCUUCGUUUAGCAUUUUGUCCAACUGAAGAAGAACGUCGUUGGUUUAUAACUUAUGAACUUGAAUUAUUUCGUUAUCGUUUUCAAGUAUUAACAAAAUCUGAACAAUUAAAUUAUUUAAAUGAUUCAUCAAGUAAUAUCAAACAAUUCUAUGAACUUGUUACUGAUGAAGAAAAAAAACAUUAUAAAGAUUCAUUAAUAUCAUCAAUGAUAAUCAAAGGUUUAGUAAAUACAACAACAAUUGCUAAAUCAUUUGAAACAAUAACAUAUUUUCGUGUUCGAUUUCAACAUGUACCUGAUUUAGUACGUAAACGUUCAUGUUUUCUUGCUCAUGGUUAUGCAUAUGUAUCUGAUAAUGAUAUAAUAUCAUUUGUUUUACAACAUUUUCGUAUGAAUAUAUCAUAUCAAAUGACAUGUUCAUCGAAAAAAUAUGAAUCAAUGCAACAAAUCGAUACACGUAUUGAAUUAAUAUUAAAAAUGUUAAGAAAAAAACGUAUACAUGGUACACAUACAACAAUGACAGCAUUUAAUGAAACUGAACAAACAGAAACAAUAACAUUUGAAAUGUUAAAUGGUUUAUCGAAACGUUCAUUUCCAUUAUGUAUGCGUUAUUUACAUGAACAAAUGAUUCAACAACAUCAUUUAAAACAUUUAGGUCGAUUACAAUAUCGACUUUUUCUUAAAGGUAUUGGUUUAUCAUUAGAUGAAUGUAUGAAAUUUUUUCGUCAUGAAUUUGUUACAAAUGGUUCUAUGAAUCCAGCACAAUUUGAACGUGAACAUGUUUAUAAUAUUCGUCAUGCAUAUGGACAAGAAGGAAAACAUACAUCAUAUACACCAUAUAGUUGUAUGAAAAUUAUUCAAGAUCCACCACCAGGUGUUAAUGAACAUCAUGGAUGUCCAUAUAAACAUUGGGAUAGUGCUACACUUAAACAUCGUUUAGCAAAAGAUUAUGAUAUAAAUGAAGAAACAAUUAAUGAUAUUCUUGAUAAAACAAAACAACAUCAUUAUCAAAUAGCUUGUCAGAUUUAUUUUGAAUAUCAACAUAAAGUUAAAAAUUAUGGUGUUGGUAUUAAUCAUCCAAAUCAAUAUUUUCAUGAAAGUCGAAAAUUACUUACUGGUGCAACCACUAAUCAAAAUAAUACUCCACAGAUAUAA